CCAGCGGAUACAUAAACAAGUAGUCCGCUGCAACCCCUCGGAGCCAAAACCAAAAGCAAACCACCACCGCCACCACUUGCACCACCCAACCACCAAUAACAACAACGGCAGCCCAUCUGUAACCGAAAGCCUCCGCAGUUAAUAUUACUAUUCCGAUUUCUAUCCAACAUGGCACUGGACUUUGUGGCCACCUAUAAGGUCCUGGUACUGGGCGACUCCAAUGUGGGCAAGACCUGCAUCGUGCACAGAUAUUGCGACGAGAAGUACUACGACACAUACAUCUCCACCAUAGGCAUAGACUUCAAGCAGAAGCUUAUUAACCUGGACGGCGUGCCCAUUAAGCUGCAAAUCUGGGACACGGCAGGACAGGAGCGAUUCCGUACACUGACCACUGCGUACUACCGCGGAGCCAUGGGCAUCCUGCUCAUGUACGACGUGACCAACCUGGAGAGCUACAACAACCUGUCCUACUGGUUGCGCAACAUCCAGGAGAACGCCUCGCCGGAUGUGGUCAAGGUGCUGGCGGGCAACAAGUGCGAGUGCUCCGCCACCCAGCGCAUGGUGGACAAGGAACGGGGCGAAAAGAUUGCCGAAAACUUUGAUAUGCCGUUUUUCGAGGUGUCGUGCAAGUCAAACAUAAACAUAGAGGAUGCGUUUCUAUCACUGGCCCGCAAAAUCCGAGAACAAAGAGAGCGACGGGGAGACAACUUUGACAACGACGAGAGCAAAGACAAGAAAUCACCUGGCUCCAAUGGCCUCGGAACCUUCAGUUUGGGCAGUCUUUCGGGCGAGAAUCGCUGCACCUGCUAAAUAAUAGUAAUAGUCGAUGGAUUACGAUUACGAUGACGAUGCGAUCGCAACCGCAAACCGCAAAACCUGAACAAGUUGUCCAAAGCUAUUGAGCGUUGUAGCAUUGUAGCCAAGUUCGUGAGUAGGCCACGUUUUAAAUGCAAACCAAACAAACCACUUGAGGGGCUGCCUGCAUUGUAUUCUAUGUGUAAAGCGUUCAGAUUGUGCAUUUUAAGGUACACUUAGUCCAAGAGAAGAUAGCAUAAAUAUUUUAGCAUAUUCCUGCAAAUACAUAACGGUCGAUUAUACAUGCAUAUUGUCUCGAUUCCAAUAACUAUAAUCUAAUGCUAAAUACAUUUAUACUCGUAAGAAAACAAA